GAGGGGGUUGUGUGUGUCCCCGCCGCCGCUGUCCCCGGGGGUGCCCGCACCCCACACCCCAUCUCGACCAUGGGGGGCUGGUCCGGCAGCGCCUGGAUUUUGCCCCUUUUCUUGGCUGGGCUUGUCCAGCCGGGGCAGAGCCAGGAGAGGGAGAAGGUGAAAUGCUACGACUCGACUCAGGGCACAAUCUAUGACUAUGGGGCCCUGACCAUUGAUGGAGAUGAGUAUAUCCCCUUCAGGAAGUAUGAGGGGAAGAUGGUGCUCUUUGUCAACGUGGCCACCUACUGAGGCCUCACCCUGCAGUAUGUUGAACUGAAUGCACUACAAACUGAGCUGGGGCCCUAUGGGCUCGUGGUCCUGGGCUUCCCAUCCAACCAAUUCGGGAAGCAGGAACCUGGCCAGAACUCAGAGAUCCUCCCCGCGCUGAAGUAUGUCCGGCCAGGGGGUGGCUUCGUCCCCAACUUCCAGCUUUUCCAGAAAGGGGAUGUGAAUGGGGCCAAAGAACAGAAGGUCUUCACCUUCCUGAAGAACUCCUGUCCCCCAGUGGCGGAGGAGUUUGGGCACCCCAAGAACCUCUUCUGGGAGCCUCUGCGGAACCACGACAUCAAGUGGAACUUCGAGAAGUUCCUGGUAGGCCCCAAUGGUGUGCCUGUCAUGCGCUGGUACCACCGUGCCAACAUCGCUGUGGUGAAGAACGACAUCAUCACCUACAUGAGGCAGCAGCAGCACCACCACCCCCCGCCGCCACCGCCACCGCAGCAGCAGGAGGAGGAGGAAGGCCAGUAGAGGCUGGGGCUGACAGGUGGCUUCUCCCUGAUGCUGGCAUUCCCCCCACCCUGUCCCCUCCCUACAUCCUCCCCAGCCAGCACGCUGCCCCUCCAUCGCUUCUGUCUCUGGCACACCCCAGCCAGGUCACUGGGCUGGGCAGCCUGGUGGCAGAGACCUCAGCGAUGGAAGGAGGGCGUUCCCCAGUUACACCACGUCCCACCUCCCCCUUGGCAGUGACAGCUCCUCCUGGCCCUCAGCUUGCCUUCCCUGCUCCUCCAUCCCACCUCGCCAGGCAGUGGGAGGAUGCAGGGGCUGGCUGCCCCCGGAGCAGAAGCCCACGUCUCCAUGAAGGCUUGGCCUGAAAGCCCCUGGCAUAGGGCGGGCCUGGCCUGAUCCUGCUGGGCACGGAGCAGCUCUUCAGUGCAUUCAAGCUGCCCGUGGUACUGGCACAGAGACGUGCUCCUCUCCUGGCUGGGGGCAGCUGGCCCCUCACCUCCCCCUCCCACCAGAGAAACACCAAAUAAAGGCUCUGCAA